GAGAUUCAGUCUACAGCCCGCGUAGAGAGCUGAAGCCCGCCCUACACGGCGCCUAGCACUUACGCACUUAGGUACUUACGCACUUAGCAUUAACUAUAAUAACCUUAAUACAGUAAGUGCUAAGAAUAAUGGUAAACGGUGGUAAAGGAAGUGGGAAUUCAAGACCUAUAAAUAUCGUUUAAAAACAAAGGUAUAACAAUGUCGGAGGGUAAGCUGUACCCUAACUGCGACUCAAACGUGUGGCUUCGCUCGUGCGAGGAGGAGGUCGCUGAACCUCUACAGGGACACAUUACAGGCACAAUACCGACAUGGCUGCGCGGUAGUCUGCUGCGGAACGGGCCCGGCUCGCUGAAAGUCGGCUCUAUGCGGUAUAAACAUCUGUUCGACAGCGCCGCUCUACUACACAGGUUCUCAAUCCACGACGGCACGGUGACCUACCAGUCGCGGUUCCUGCGCUCGCAGACGUACAAGCGUAACCGCGCCGCCAACCGCAUCGUAGUCACCGAGUUUGGCACGCAGGCUGUGCCGGACCCCUGCCAUACUAUUUUCGACAGGGUAUCCGCGAUCUUUAGUCCUGGGGAGGCGAUGUCGGACAACGCUAUGAUCUCCCUAUACCCCUUCGGCGAUGAAAUAUACGCCUUCACAGAGGCCCCAAUUAUCCACAGGAUAGAUCCUGUGACCCUGGACACGCUGGAGCGGCGCAACCUAGCGGAGAGCGUCGCGCUCAUCAACCACACUUCACACCCCCACGUCAUGCCCAAUCGUGAUGUGUACAACGUGGGUAUGUCUAUCGUGCGCGGCAGACUGAAACACGUCGUGGUCAAGUUUCCUUUCAGCGAAAAAGGCGACAUGUUCUCGACAGCCCGCAUCGUUGGGAGCAUCAAGCCGCGCUGGCCUCUGCAUCCAGCCUACAUGCACACAUUUGGUGUAACGGAGAACUACUUCGUGAUCGUGGAGCAGCCGCUGUCGGUGUCCAUCGUGAGUGUGGUGAGGAACCAGAUCGUCAACAAACCCCUGUCCUCCAGCCUGCAGUGGUACCAUGGACAUAAGACCCACAUAGUACUUAUCAGCAGAAAGAGCGGUCAGGAAGUGAAGAGGUACCAGACGGACACGCUGUUCUUCCUGCACAUCAUCAACUGCUUCGAGCGAGACGGAAGACUGGUGGUGGACCUCUGCGCGUACAAGGACGCGAAAGUUCUAGACGCUAUGUAUAUAGCCGCUAUUGAAACGAUGCAGAGUAACGCAGACUACGCGGACUGGUUCCGCGGACGGCCUAUACGACUGGACAUCGACCUGCAGGCGCCCGCCAUGACCAUCAUACAGCCGGCCAAACUCACCGACGUCGGCUGCGAGACGCCGAGGAUACACUAUGAACAGUACAACGGCCUGCCAUACAAAUACUUUUACGCGAUAAGUUCAGACGUAGACGCUGAAAACCCGGGGGCGAUAAUAAAAGUGGACACGUGCAGCGGCGAGACGAUCAAGUGGUGGGACACGGACUGCUACCCCAGCGAGCCGAUAUUCAUACCCACACCUGACGCCAAGGAGGAGGAUGAUGGUGUGAUCGUGAGCGCGUUAGUCUUCGGUGGUGACGAGCGGCGCGUCGCCAUGGUGGUGCUGGACGCGCGGACGCUGACGGAGCUGGGGCGGGCCUGCUUCGCCACGCCCUCCCCCGCCCCCAAGUGUCUGCACGGCUGGUUCUUGCCCGAGCAGUAGAUUCUAUGCAGCUACCUAAUCCUUGGCACCUGGCAGCCAUCUUAUACAUUGACAUCUGCGAUUUUGUUUAAAAAAACAAGGCCAAUGAUAAGAUUUUCUGUAGUAUAAAAUCUUAUGGCGAGACCGCACUAAGUGACAUAAACUGUAGUGAACCAAAAAUUUGACACCGAAGGCCGUAUUUUUGGACCAACACGACCUGCAAACCUUCAAGAACA